ACGUCAUAGAAUAUCCCUCUAGGAGUUAAAAAAAUAUUGCCCGUAUUUAAAUCAGGUGAACUAGGUGGCAACGUUUUUUUUAAUGUGUACUUUAUUCAUGAACUAUUAUCACUUUGCUAAAUGAAAAACACGAAGAACUCUUGUUAAAACUAGGAAGCUGUGAUAAUAUAAUAUUCUCUGAACCUCACAUGUUGAUAUGUCAAAUUUUAGAAAGAAAUAGUUCUGUGUCAAUCUGUCAAAAUUUCUAGGUUAUUGUUAUUCUUAUUCAUUUGUUUGUGAAUGAGAAAACUAGUGAACUUGUUACCCCAAUAAAAAACUGAUUAAUUAUAUUUGUAUUAGUAGCUUUAAAAGAACAGCCUCAAUAAUAAUCAUGUUGUAUUUAGAAGAUUAUUUGGAGAUGAUAGAACAUCUACCUCAAGAAUUGAGAGAUCGGUUUACAGAGAUGAGAGAGAUGGAUUUAUCUGUUCAAAAUAAUAUGGAUGAUAUGGAGAAACGGGUUAGAGUUUUCUUUAACGAAUGUAAACGAUAUCAAAACAGUGAUCUUCCACCAAAUCUUGAACAAGAAUUCAAAUCAAUCAGAAAAGAAUAUUACAAAACAUUAGAAGAUGCUGAUGAAAAGGUGCAUUUAGCUAAUCAAAUGUAUGAAUUAGUAGAUAAGUACUUGAGGAGACUAGAUACAGAACUGCACAAGUUCAAGUGUGAAUUGGAGGCAGAUAAUAAAGGUAUCACUGAGGUUUUAGAAAAACGAUCUUUGGAGUUGGAUGUUCCAGUGUCAACAUCUAAUAUAUCAGCACAGCAGCAGAAAGAAAAUAGAUAUGAAAGUUUUAGGUAUCGCCCGAGGGCAGAAAAGCGGAGAGACAGUAACAACUCUUUGCCUUCAUAUGUUGAAAAAAGACAGACCAUUGCACCCUCAUCUAUAAUUGAAACAAGACAUUCCAAUGUAUCUCAAGCAGCACCUGUUUCUUCCAAUAAUGUAGCAUAUAACUUGGGUCAUAUUGGUGCUGGGCCUGCAAUUGCUGCUGCGGCUUCACAAGCUAUCGCUGCCACUCAACAGAUGCAACAAGGAAGGAGAACUGCAAGUUUAAAAGCGUCCUAUGAAGCUAUUAAUACCGGUGGACAUGGCCAUGAAUUUAGUAUCGGUAGAGAGUUAGCAGGAGCAGCUCAAACUGCCAUUCAGGCUAUACAGCAAGAUCAUGCAAAUAACCGUAAAAAACAAAAGAAGUGGUCGAGCAAUAGUAUGUCAAGCUCUUCGGCAUCCUCCUCAACAGUACAAGCCAUCAUUCCUCAACCUGUUGCUGUGGCCCCUGUCGAGCCCCCACCAGUUGAUAAUUCUCUGCAAAAUGCAGAAGUGACAGAUGGAGAAUGGACCUAUGAUCCUAAUGAACCUAGAUACUGUCUCUGUAACCAGGUUUCUUAUGGCGAUAUGGUUGCGUGUGACAAUGAAGAUUGUCCAUCGGAAUGGUUCCAUUAUCCAUGUGUGGGAAUUACAGCACCCCCAAAGGGGAAGUGGUAUUGUCCAGGGUGCACUUCCUCCAUGAAACGCAGAGGCGGUAGAAAGAAUUAAGUCAUUUGUUGUGUAAGUGUAGUUGUCAAAUAUUAGAAUUAUAUCCAAGCCCUUGUCCACCCCCUUAUUUUUUUAUAUUACAGCAAUAAAAAAAUUAUGUUUGA